AUGCUGGGGAGCCACGGGGUUACUGCAACGGACAUCAACUCGAUUGAUAACCAAAACCCCGACCCCUCCACGAGCAUAUACCCGCGCGUCUCCGAGCGCGACGCACCUUACUCCGUCCCCGAAUCCUCCCUCCGCGCCGCCAUCCACAUCCCCGCCGACUUCCAAUACGGCCGCGACGGCAAGACGCCCGUCCUCCUCGUCCCGGGGACAGGCACCCACGGCGGCGAAGCCUACGCGCCCAACCUCACGAAACUCCUCCGCGACAGCCCCUUCGGCGACCCGGUGUGGCUGAACAUCCCCGGGCGGAUGUGCGACGCCUCCGCCCGGAACGCCGAGUACGUCGCCUACGCGAUCCACUACCUCUCCGCGCGGUGCAGCACCCCCAAAAUCGCGGUGAUCGCCUGGUCCCAGGGCUGCAUCACGACGCAGUGGGCACUCAAAUACUGGCCCAGCGCACGCCACCCCGUGCGGAGCUUCAUUGCGCUCGCGGCGGAUUUCGCCGGCACCGUCGCCGCGUGGGCGCUCUGUCCAUUCUCCGGCACCCAGCCGGGCACCCCGGCCGUGUGGAACCAAACCCGCAAUGCCAGGUUCAUCAAGGCUCUGCGAGCGGGCGGCGGGGAUUCUGCGUAUGUGCCGACGACGUCCAUCUACUCCGCCACAGAUGAGGUGGUGCAGCCGCAAUCCGGGCCGGGGGCGUCGGCGUUCCUGAAGGACGCGCGCGGCGUCGGGGUGACGAAUUGCGAGCUGCAGGCGCAUGUGCCGCGCGCCUCGGCGGCGGGGGGCCUGUUCUGCUCCCAUGAGGCGGUGCUGUAUCACCCGCUGGCGUGGGCGCUGGUGGCGGAUGCGAUCCAGCAUGGCGGGCCGGGGAGUUUGGACAGGAUUGAUCUGGGGUCGGUGUGUAUGCGCGGCCGGGCGGAGGGCAUCGGGUUGGUCGAUGCGGCGCGCACGCAGGCGCUGGCGGCGGGCGCGUUGAAGCGGAUUCUCUUCUUCUCGCCGAAGUCCUGGCGGGAGCCGGAGUUACCGGGUUAUGCUGUUGGGCAGGAGAGAGUUGAGGUCGAGGGGGCGGCGGUUGGGGAUGUGGUGACGGGACCGGCGGUGAUUGUUUCGGAAAUGUCGGGGUUGGUUUCGGUAUAG